UCAACAUUAUACUCCUUAGAAUGUUCCUUCUUUCUCUCGAAUCCUUCUAAUACAAAAUACUUUAUGUUCGUGUCUUAAACAAUAUUUCAAACACAAUUUCAGCUCCAAAUAUUAACAACCAAGAGAUUCCAACAAUAAAUAUGCUGCAAAUUUGAAUUUAUCAGCUCAACCAAAUGCAUCUUUCUCUGUUCAAUGAGAAAACUGUGUCGGAUUAGCUGCAAGUUCAAAAAUGGUGGAACUCGAUCUCUUUUCAGACGUUUCACAGUCUCAUCAUCAUCAUCAUCAGCAUCUCCAGUUCAUCAUUUAGAAGAAGAAGAAGAAGAAGAAGAAGAAAACUAUCCUAUUAUUCGCCGUAACAGAAGAACCCAACGUCAUUAUUUAAGCAAAUUAUUAUUCUCAUUAUCCGAACCCCAUUACAAAGAAAUCCACACCCAAGUGAUUCUUUCUGGAUUUGAAAGCAACCCUUUUCUUAACAACAUCUUGAUUCAAUCCUAUUCGAUUUGGGGGUGUUUGGAUUAUGCACGUAAAGUGUUCGAUAAAAUGUCUAAAAGGGAUAUGAUUUCUUGGUCUUCAGUUAUUACUAUGUAUACCCAAAAUGGGUUUUAUGAGGAAUCUUUGUUGCUUUUCUGUGAGUUGAGGAGAAGUUGUAAUGAGGGGCCGAAUGAGUUUGUUUUGGCUAGUGUCGUUAGUUGUUGUGGAAGGUUAGGUAGUCUUGUGAAAGGUGAGGAAUUGCAUUGUUUUGUUGUUAAAGCUGGUUUUGAUCAGUUUGUGUAUGUGGGUACGGCGUUAAUCGAUUUUUACUCGAAAGGUGGAGAUGUAGGGGCAGCGAGGCGAAUUUUUGAUGAUUUGUUGGUGAAGAGUACGGCUACGUGGACUGCGAUUAUUGCAGCGUGUGUGAAUGUGGGGAAGAGUGAGAUUUCCUUGCAGCUAUUGAGGAAUAUGUUGGAGAUUGAUGUUGUUCCUGAUAAUUAUGUGGUUUCGAGUGUCUUGGGUGCUUGUUCGUCACUUGAGUAUCUUAAAGGAGGAAAGGAAAUUCAUGGUUAUGUGCUUAGACAGGGAGCAGAGAUGGAUGUUACGGUGAGUAAUGUUCUUAUUGAUUUCUAUAUGAAGUGUGGUAAGGUUAAGACUGCAAGGACAGUUUUCGAUCGAAUGGAAGUUAAAAACACUGUUUCUUGGACAACGAUGAUCUCCGGAUAUAUGCAGCAUUCGUGUGACGUUGAAGCUAUAAGCAUGUUUAGAGACUUGAACAGUUUGGGUUGGAUGCUAGAUAGAUUUGCUUGCAGUAGUGUACUUAAUUCUUGUGGGUCGCUUGAAGCUUUAGAUCUCGGAAGACAAGUGCAUGCUUAUAUCGUGAAAGCUAAUGUUGAUUCUGAUAAAUUUGUGAAGAAUAGCUUGAUUGAUAUGUACGCGAAAAGUGAUUCAUUUGGAGAUGCAAAAAAGGUUUUUGACACUAUGGUUAAUCAUGACGUGAUCUCUUAUAAUGCUAUUAUUGAGGGCUGUUUAUCGCAGAAUAGGCUAUAUGAAGCUUUUGAUCUAUUUGCUGAAAUGAGAAAUAAUCUUAUUCUUCCGAGCCUUUUGACUUUUGUUAGCCUGCUUGGUGUGUCCGCUUCACUUUUCUCCUUGGAGUUAAGUAAGCAACUUCAUGGUCUUACCGUAAAAUUUGGUUUUUCUGCUGACAUGUUUGUUUGUAGCAUCCUAAUAGAUGUUUACUCGAAAUGUUCAUCUAUUGAAGAUGCAAGGCAAGUAUUCGUUGAAAUGAAUGAGAAGGAUAUUGUUGUGUGGAACUCUAUGUACUUUGGUUAUAUACAGCAGUGUGAAAAUGAAGAGGCUUUAAAGCUCUUCCUAGAACUGCAGCAGUCUUUGCAAAAGCCAAACGCACUGACUUUUGUUGCCCUCAUUUCUGCAUCUAGUAACCUAGUAAGUCUCUUGCAUGGUCUCCAGUUUCAUAACCAGAUUGUAAAAGUCGGCCUAGAUUUUGAUCCGCAUGUUACAAAUGCACUGGUCGAUAUGUACUCCAAGUGUGGAAGCUUGGAAGAAGCACGAAAGAUGUUCAAUUUCACUCUUCAGAGAGAUAUCGCAUGUUGGAAUUCUAUGAUAUCCACUUAUGCACAGCAUGGUGAAGCAAAGGAAGCUCUUAAUAUGUUUGAGAAAAUGAUUAACAAUGGACUAAAACCCAACAAUGUCACCUUUGUUGGAGUGCUUUCAGCAUGUAGCCAUGUUGGUCUUGUCAAAGAAGGAUUACGUCACUUUUAUUCCAUGUCAAGGUACGGUAUUGAACCAGAAACGGAGCAUUAUGUUUGCAUAGUUUCUCUCUUGGGUCGAGCUGGUAAACUGAUCGAAGCAAUGGAAUUCAUUGAAAAAAUGCCAAUUCCACCAGCUGCCAUUGUGUGGAGGAGUUUGCUUAGCGCGUGCAGAGAAGCUGGUCAUAUAGACCUUGGUAAAUAUGCAGCAUCAAUGGCAAUAUCUAUUGAUCCAAAAGACAGUGGAUCAUAUAUCCUACUUUCAAAUAUUUAUGCAUCUAAAGGCAUGUGGAACAAUGUCAAAAAGUUAAGAGAGAAAAUGGAUAGCAAUUGUGUAGUGAAAGAAAAAGGGUGUAGUUGGAUAGAAAUAAACAAUGAGGUGCAUUUGUUUAUUGCAAGAGACCAAAGUCAUCAGCAAACUGAUUUGAUAUAUUUAUUUUUGAAACUUCUGAUUCAGCAUAUGAAAGGGAUCAGAUAUGUUCCCGAGGAUACUACCUUCUCAAAUGAGUAAAAUCUCUGUCAUCUUUGCCAUGAAACAUUAAGUUGAGCCCGUGAAAAAGCAAGACUGCAGAAAAGGGACUUGAAGCUAGAGACCUUCCGAGACCCUCCACUGGCCGUGAAUCUUUAUACGGCCCGUGGAAGCUGGCCAUUGUGUUGAUAUGAUGCAGGAAAGAAAUUGAGGAAAUUGUGCUAAGUGAAACUCCACGAAACCCUUAACGGGCCAUGAAGUCCACUACGGAUCGUGAUGGAGGAUCAUGGGAAAAACUGCUACAACAAGGCCUGAAGGACGAAGUAAAGGACCACGACACCUACCAAGGGGCGUAGAAGGCAUUACGAAGUGUGAACCUUGCCCAUAAAAGAGUAGAGGACCACACAGAGCCAAGUUAAACACCACGGAGCAAGACCAGGAGGCAUGAACAGGAGUACGGUCCGUGAAGAGCCAUUGUGAACAUGCGCCAACUUAAGUUUUCCUAGUUUGUUUAGGAUUUGAUUGUGUAGUCUAUAAAUACCCGUUUAGGUUUAAUUUUUAGGGAGUCGCGUAAUUUUAUAGAUUUUGAGAGCUUUGAACAAAUGUGAGAAGCAUAUUUCGAACAAC